AUGACUAUCCCAGCUCAAGCUUCCUGGGUGGUGAGGAAAAUCCUUGGAGCGGUUAUGUUUCUUAGCAACACUACUGGUGGUUGUUCUAUACUUCAGAAGAAUAAUUAUUCCAUUAGUAAAAUGUAUUAUGAGAUGAGGGGUUUUGUUCCUAGUGUUCCUUGGAGGAAACUUAUUUGCAAUAAUUUUGCUCCCCCAAAGUGCAUGUUCAUUACUUGGUUGACUGUCCAUGAUAGGAUGGUUACGUGUGAUAAUCUGCAGAAGAUUGGAGUGCAAUGCAGUAUACAAUGUUGUUUGUGUGAUGUAGGUUUUGAUACAGUGAGCCACCUGUUUUUUAAUUGCCCUUUUUCUGCUAAUGUUUGGGGUGAUGUUCUUCAGUGGCUGGGUAUCAAUAGAAGGCCUGAGAAAUGGGAAAAUGAGCUUCAGUUUGUUGUUAUGAAGUACAAAGCAAAAUCGGGUUUUCACCAGAUUUAUAGGAUGGUUGUCUCUAUCACUGUGUAUCUGCUAUGGAGGGAGCGAAACGGAAGGAAGUUCCAACAGAUUGUUCAUACUCCUGAUUCAGUAGUGAAGGACAUCCAACUAAUGAUUGCUGCUAGAUGCUACCAGCUUCCAAAGCUUGUGGGCUUAGUGCCUUAA